CAGGUGCCGCCCCCUCACCAAAACUUUGCACGCCUUUCAGAAACAAGACAGUCAUACUAACAAGAGUUCACUUUUAACUAAGAAGCGCUGGCAGUCGUCCACUUUUAAACGGGUGUUUGUAAAGAACUUCAGUCGUGAUUGUUGCCAUUGAAAUUAAUGCAAUUAAUCCAAUCCUCGAUAUCAAAUGUUGUUUAACAUUUGAGGUUUUUUUUUUUAAUUAUUGAGAACAUUUUUUAUAUUUUUUUCUAAUGUCACAAACAGUUUGAAGUUUACUUGAAAUCUGAAAAAGGCCUCCAAAUUGUUCUAGUAUGCUCUGAACACCGGUGCACGUGUUUGUUGAUUGACCACAAAAUCAGUUUCAUGGUCGGUUCACUUUAAUAGCUGCUUUCUUCCCGUCGCCACGCUUCAAACGGCUUUUCUUGACAAAAAGGCUUUCAGACGACCUACACGCAGUCUUUAACACACAGAUAUGAAUAGGUGUUAAAUCACUCCCUUGAAAGCACUACGAAUAGCCCGGGGUCGACGCAGAUUGACUACCAAGAAGUGGAUCGAACGGAAUCCGAGGCAAAUAACGGGCCCAAGAAAUAUCAUAGUGCGGUUGGAAACGCGAUGAUGGGCGAGGGGGAGAGUGACCACUUCUCCGGGACUAAAACGGCUCCAGAUGGAAGAAAAAGUUCGCCAGUCAUCGGCGAAGAUGACCUCUCCAGCAGCCGUCGCUAUAACAUAGACGAACUCGGUUCUGACAGGUACUUCAUCUCCUCAACACAGCCCAGCACCGACGUGGCGAACCCAUGUUCUCUGUUCCCUUACGGACAGACCGGGACUGUGUAUAGUGGGUCAAACGGGUCUAGGUAUUCGACUUCUCUGCAUUACGGAUCGGUCUUGCCACCGACAGGGUUUUCAUCAGCUGUCUGCGCCAGUAGGAGUCAAUUUGCUACAGGGUACCAGUUUGGGCAAGGUCCAGGAUGCCUCUACCCACCGUACCCAGGAUCAGGCUCGGGACUCAGCUCAAUGCCCAUCCCAGGCUCCGCCGGAGGAGCAAGGGCUCAAGUUUAUUUGUGCAACCGUCCUCUGUGGCUGAAGUUUCAUCGACAUCAGACCGAGAUGAUCAUCACCAAGCAGGGCAGGCGGAUGUUUCCCUUUCUUAGUUUCAACAUCACUGGACUGAAUCUAACGGCACAUUACAACGUCUUUGUGGAGGUCAUUUUGGCCGAUCCCAAUCACUGGCGCUUCCAAGGAGGCAAAUGGGUGACCUGUGGCAAGGCUGACAACAACAUGCAAGGAAAUAAAGUGUACGUCCACCCUGAAUCUCCGAACACUGGGGCCCACUGGAUGCGACAGGAGAUCUCCUUCGGCAAGCUGAAGCUUACCAACAACAAGGGAGCCAAUAAUAACAACACCCAGAUGAUCGUCUUGCAGUCGCUGCACAAAUAUCAACCGCGGCUUCACAUAGUGGAAGUGACUGAGGACGGUGCAGAGGACAUGAGCAACGAGGCGAAGACUCAGACCUUCACCUUCCCUGAGAACCAGUUCAUUGCCGUCACUGCUUACCAGAACACAGAUAUCACACAGCUGAAGAUUGACCACAAUCCCUUUGCAAAAGGCUUCAGAGACAACUAUGAUUCGAUGUACACGGCCCCAGAGAGCGACAGACUGACGCCCUCCCCCACGGACUCCCCCCGCUCCCACCAGAUUGUUCCGGGGGCGCGCUACGCCAUGCAGCCCUUCUUCCAGGACCAGUUUGUCAACAACCUGCCCCAGAACCACCGCUUCUACGCCAGCGAGCGCGCCGUGCCCCAGACCAACGGCCUGCUCUCUCCUCAGGCCGAGGACGCGGCGGCGGCGGCGGCCGCUAGCGCCGCCUCGGCCCAGCGCUGGUUCGUGGGCCCGGUCCAGCAGUCGGGCUCGUCGGCCAAGCUGGACCUGCCGUACGACGGCGACUACUCCACCUCGGGCCUGCUGUCCUCCUACGGCAUCAAGCCGCUGCCCCUGCAGUCGUCCCACGCGCUGGGCUACUACCCGGACUCGGCCGCCUUCAUGGCCGGCUGGGGCAGCAGCCGGGGCACGUACCAGCGCAAGAUGACCACGGGCCUGCCCUGGUCCCCGCGGCCCAGUCCCCCGGCCUUCGCCCAGGACGACCCGCUGGCGGCCAAGGACAAGCUGCAAGACGAGGGCACCGCGGCCAUCGUCGCCCCCACCACCACCACAGCCGCCGGCGUGGGCGUUGGCGCUACCGCCACCUCGUCGUGGAUGGAGACGCCGCACUCGCUGAAAUCAGUGGACUCUACCGAUUCGGGGGUGUACUCCAUGAUCUGCAAGAGGCGCCGGUUAUCACCGGGGGGGUCGAGCACUGACACCUCGCCCACCAUCAAGUGCGAGGACUUGACCUCCGACGAUUAUAACAAAGACAACAGCCAGAAAGGAAUGGGCUAUUAUACCUUCUACACCAGCCCUUAGGACUCUGAUGUGUCCAUUCUCACUCAAAUGUAUAGAUCCCUGCUAUUCUGUCUUUUACUUUCUUUUGUUCAUAAAAAGUGAUUCCGCCCUCCUAUUGCAUUUUUAGAAGUUUAUAAGAAGGUGCCAAAGCUUAGUGCCCUCCAAUUGUGCUAAAUGAAUCCCCUAUCUACGUGACAGGUGGUUUUAAUUUAAUUUUAUUCCCAGAUAUAUGGUUUGCUUCAUCUUAAGCAUGUCCCAAAAUUUUAUCGUUUAUUUUUUUUCAAUGCUGUGAAUUUCCUCUUAAAUUUUAUUUAAUAUCAAUUUGUUGUACAGUAUUUGUGCACUUUAGAUUGUGAUGUAUCUUGUACAAAUGGUCUACAUGGCUCUGUUAUGAAAUGAAUAAUAAAAAUGUGCUUUUCAUAAAGUAA